AUGGCGCUGACGCUUCAGCUGAUUCAGUUUCUUUUUCUCCUCGGGAUGCCAGUUGGUUUGGGACAGUCUUCGCCCACUUUGCGCGGCAGCAACUUGACCCAGGCCAAGGCGGGCAAUUUGACCAAGUCAGGAUGGGGUAGUGCAACCAUUAGCAAGGGUGUGCUCCAUGACAAGAUCAUGGGAUACUGGGUCGGACAGUUGGUGGGGAACUUCAUGGGUUUACCCUUCGAAUUCCAGUACAAUGAUCAGCCCAUGCCCUUGGAGCCCCAGACUUACUAUGACCUGGGAAGUGGCCGAGCAGCUGGAUUGCGAGUCAACGCCGAUGGCCGUGGCCGAAUCCCUCAAAGGUUGAACCGCUUGCAAGGUGCGUACACGGAUGACGACACGGAUAUCGAGUUUGUGACACUUCAUGCUCUGGAGAAUCAUGGCCUUGACUUGAACUACAAGCAAAUCGCUGGAUACUGGAAAAACUAUGUCCACAUCACCGUGAAUGGUGGUGACGCGCUGUGGUUUGCCAACAGGGUGGCUAGGGAGAACAUGAAUCGAGGUCAAUUACCACCGCAGACUGGAUCACAGUCGCAGAAUCGUUACUGGUGGACCAUUGAUCCGCAGUUGGUGAAUGAGCUCUGGAGUGCAGUGUACCCUGGCAUGAUUGACAAGGCAGUGGAGAGGGCUGAGUGGGGUGCACGCAUCACAAGUGACUCUUGGGGAACUCAUCCUACUCGCUUUUAUGCCGCCCUGUAUUCGGGUGCCUUUUUUUCCAGCGACGUCGACAAGUUGUACGAGAUCGGCAUGUCGAAGGUUCCUGGAGAUAGUCCCUUUCAUCAGGGCUUGAAGGACAUUCGCAGGUGGAAGAACGAGAGCCCGCAUGAUUGGAAGCCAACUUGGUACAAGAUCAAGAACAAGUAUGCCCGGUAUCCUUCAGAUUGUGGAGGCUUCCCUUGGAACUGCGGAGUCUCUUCCAUGAUCAACGGGCUGAUGGGCGCAAUGUCAUUUUUGUAUGGCGAGGGUGACUUCAAGAAGACUGUGGGCGUGGGUAUUGCAGCGGGCUUUGAUUGUGACAACCAGGCGGCUACUUUGGGGGGAGUCAUUGGAGUGAUGCACGGAGCGAAUGCCAUUCCGCAUGACCUCACACACCGGAUUGCUGGCAACAAUUGGAAUGCGCCCUUCAACAACAAGUACGUGAAUGAGCGUCGGCAGCCGUUGCCAAGAACCAUGACGAACACGGAAAUCGUUGGCAAGAUUAUGCUUUUGGCUGAGCGUGCCAUUGCUCAGCAGGGCGGUCAGGACAGCUUUUGCUCGGGGAUUUUGGAACAUUUCGGGACUCCAGCCACCCUGGAAGCCUAUGAUUUUUCACCAAGUCAUUUUAGGCUGGCUCUUGAGACCGGCCGCGAUUUGGCCCGCCGUUUGGCCAAGAACGGGAAAGAGGAGCCAGCACGAAAGGCUUUGCAGCAGGCCCGUGCGAUGGCGGGGCUGUCUGCACGAGACUAUGGCGGAGGGCUUGCUACGGCAGGCUGGGAGAAGCGUGCCACGCAAGAUGUCUCUUUGACGACAGACGACGGCUUCGACGAGGAAGUGGCUCAAGCUGCUGGCAUCACAGACGAGGACACAUUCGCCAAGCAAAAUAAGCAAGAUGCUGACUAUGGAGAGUUUGUGCCUGCGGCCAUCUGGGGCCAGUUACCAAAAGAGCAGGAUCCCAACAAGGAGUUCUUGGACCAACGUGCCAAGGAGGGUCGCGCCAAAGCAAAGGAGUUGGCUGAGUUUGCGAAGCUGCAGCAAAGCCAGAGAAAGGAUGCGGCCAACAAAGGUGGGUUGGCUUCGCUGGUGGCGGAGCGCGCUGCGGCGAAGAACACGAAGCGAGAACUCCCAAGCUUCCUUAAGGUUGGUGGGGCGAAGGGCCAGACGACUGAGCCUGAAGCGAAACGUCCUAAGACAGAAGAGGAGAUCCCCAAACCUGCAGAUGCAGCUGCAGAGCAGAAAGAAUCUGGAGCAUCUGGCAUAGGAGGCUUGGGUGGGUACGAGUCUGACUCAGAGGAGGACUAG